GCCAAUUGGUUUGUCUGCAUUUCUUGGACUGGGACAGUUGGACGUAACGGCAGAGGAAGAAUCGAGACAAGAGCAGUGAAGGGAAGGCAGGGGAAGGAGGAGAUGCCAUAGAAAGUAACGAGAAGGCUUUAAACACACACCCAGCGAAAAAGAAGGGAAGCAAAGAAUCUUCUUCCUUUCCUUUCCUUCCCCUUCCCUCUUCUUCUUCCUCUUUCUCUUUUUCAGUGUUUCUUUUUUAUUCUUCCUUCCAACCUCGCCACCUUUCUUCUUCCAUAAUUCUAUCUUUAUAUUUGCUUUUGUUUUCUUUAAUCCGAGUCUCUUAUUUCUGCCCCCUUGUGGCUUUGGUGCUCGAUCAUCGCUUUGUGCUGUUUGCUUUUGGGACGAUGACGAGUUCCUCCUCUGGGCCUGGCGUUAGCUGCAGUUACUCCUUCAAGAUACUCCUGAUCGGCGACACCGGCGUCGGCAAGAGCAGCCUCCUCGUCUCCUUCAUCUCCAACAACCUCGUGGACGACCUCUCUCCCACCAUCGGAGUGGAUUUCAAGAUAAAGCAUCUCACAAUUGCUGAUAAAAAGUUAAAGCUCACAAUUUGGGACACGGCUGGACAGGAACGGUUUAGAACGUUAACUAGUUCAUAUUAUAGAGGAUCUCAAGGAAUAAUACUAGUCUAUGAUGUGACAAAGCGAGAGACUUUUACUAAUAUUGCUGAUGUGUGGAUCAAAGAGAUAGAAUUAUAUGCAACAAACCACAACUGUAUCAAAGUGCUAGUUGGAAAUAAAGCUGACAAGGAGUUGGAACGAACAGUGACAAGCGAAGAGGGGAUUGCCUUUGCCAAUGAGUACAAAUGUUUGUUUCUGGAGUGCAGUGCAAAAACAAGAUCCAAUGUUGAAAGAUGCUUUGAAGAACUGGCAUUGAAGAUCUUGGAAGUUCCUGAACUGCUAGAGGAAGGAUCAGCUCCAGCAAAAAGAAACAUCCUAAGACAGAAACAGGACCAACAAGAAGCAAACCAAGGAGGCUGUUGCUCAUAGUUUAGUUUAUUAUUAUUGUUUUCGUUUCCUUUAUGAUGAAACAUGAGUUUGGAGAUACAUUUGGAAUUUGGAUCACUUCUACAGUGGACUGAGUUUGUAAAUGAAAUGAGGUGUUUCGGUUUAGCUUUGCUUUGCGGAUGUGCAGUAUUGAGUGGGAAAUUCAGAAAGAAGAGAUCUGAACUACAUUAUUAUACUUGUAUGAUUGUGUCCGACUGCAUCACACUUGUAGUUGGAUAAUGGGAUGGAUGUUCAUGUACAAAUGCUUAGUUGGAUAAUUUGAUGUUGGAUUUCCA